AUGCAGGAUGGCCAUCUUGCACAAACUGACUGUACACCCGUGGGUCCUUCACAAACGGACUACCAGGGGCAUGAAUUGUUUUAUAUAUAUCGAGAGAAUAGAAGGAUAUUUGUUUCGGUACACCGUCGUAGCUAUUCGCUGUUUGAGAAUUUCUCUACUUCCUUCGCGGCAACGAGCUAUGCCAUCACCUGCGUUUUCACAUUUAUUACAGCGGCGGUCAUUGCGGAGGUAUGUUCAGCAGCGUCUUCAGCAGGCUCCAUUUAUCUCUGGGCGACAGAGGCAGGAGGUCCUAGAUUCGGUCGACUCUUUGGCAACACGCAAACUGCCGUGAACUAUAUGUUAUCGGAAUUGAGCGUUUUCAAGGUCAACUUCCCUACCGACGCAUCAAGCGUGAACUUCCGCGCUGUUCAAUGGAUUUGCACGGAGGUCCUUCUGGGGUUGGCGGCCUGGAUAAACCUUGCCUCACCCCGCAUCUUCAGAUACGUCUUCUGGCUCUCUACGGGAGCUGUAUUCUUAGACUUCAUCCUGAAUUUAAUCUGGCUUCCUGUCGGCGCACAUACGCCGGCAGGCUGGAACUGGUGUCUUUCCUAUCUAGCAACAGCUGGUAUCCUAGUUGGAUUUGAUGCUUCCGGUCACGUCGCCGAGGAAACUAAAGAUGCCUCUGUUAACGCGGCUAAAGGGAUUUUCUGGAGUACGGUUGUUAGUGGUGUGUUUGGGUUUGCCGCAGUGAUCCUCUUCUUGUUCACAUCAUCCCCAAUUGAUAUUCUGUUUUCAUACGAUGCCCCGCAGCCAUUUGUGCCCCUAUACGCCGCGGUACUUGGCCGUGGCGGACAUAUUGUUAUGAACGUUCUUGCUGUCCUGGCAUUACGGCUGAACACCGCGAUAACAAUAACAGCGGCCUCUCGCCUCGUAUUCGCUGUAGCUCGUGAUGGAGUACUCCCCUUCGCCCAAUGGGUCUCCCGAGUAUCUGAAGACGGACAGCCUUGCAAUGCCAUUCUCGUCGUCUGGGGCGUCUCCGCAAUUGUCACGUGCACUAUUCUGCCCUCUGCCGUGGCAUUCACAUCGUUGGUCUCAGCUGCUGGUGUACCAUCAGCCGCAGCCUACGGUCUCGUCAGCCUAGGCAGACUGGUAUUAACGCCAUCAGAACCUCUCGAGGCGAAGUGGUCUCUCGGACGGCUAAGCAAGCCGUUUCAGUUCAUUGCGGUUAUAUGGAAUGGCUGGGUUGUUGCGGUGCUUUUCUCGCCAUAUGAGUUUCCUGUCACAGCUUCUACAUUGAAUUAUGCACCGAUAAUCAUGGGAAUUGUGACGAUAUUUGCCCUCGUUACUUGGCUUGUUAUGCCCACUACUGCUUGGCUACCACAGGAGCGUAUUAGGCAUGAGGUUAGGUAUGUAGGGUAAAGGGUAGGGGAUUUUCGCUGCAUGGACCAUUGCGUGGGCUGUCUAGGCAGGGGAUUAAAU